AUUAGAAAGAGAGUAUUUCUCCAAAAACAAGAAAGUAAAUGAAGAGAUCGAAGAACAGAAGAAAGUAAUUACAGAUCUUUCAAAGAGACUCCAAUAUAAUGAAAAAAGUUUCAGUGAGUUACAAGAAGAACUUGUAAUGGCUAAGAAGCACCAGGCCUUCCUAGUAGAGACAUGUGAAAAUAACGUGAAAGAAUUGGAAUCGAUCUUGGACAGCUUUACUGUGUCAGCCCAGUGGACAUCAGGCAUCCACAAGGACAAAGAUAAGCUUCCCAGCUUCUCUGUUGUCCUUGAGACUUUGAGGCGGACCUUGACAGAUUACCAGAACAAGCUGGAAGAUGCGUCUAAUGAGCUAAGCAACAUAAAUGAUGCCAAGGAAAAGACAAGCAAUGAACUGGAUUCUACAAAACAAAAGAUUGAGUCUCACGUUAAAAGAAUAAAGGAACUGCAGGAUAAGCUGACUGAGGUCCACAAGGAGGUCAGUCACCUACGAACGAAGUGUGCAGACCGCGAGGCCCUGAUAGGCACGCUCAAGGUGGAGCUACAGAAUGUGCUCCACUGCUGGGAGAAGGAGAAGGCGCGGGCUGCCCAGUGUGAGAGUGAGCUGCAGAACCUGUCCCAGGCCUUUCACAAGGACUCCGAGGAGAAGCUAACCUUCCUUCACACCUUGUAUCAGCACUUGGUAGCAGGCUGUGUGCUGAUAAAACAACCAGAAGGCAUGCUGGACAAAUUCUCAUGGUCUGAGCUUUGUGCCGUCUUGCAGGAGAAUGUUGAUGCCCUCAUCGCAGACCUCAACAGGGCUAAUGAGAAGAUGAGUCAUCUGGAGUAUAUUUGUAAAAACAAGUCUGAUACAAUGAGAGAGCUUCAACAGACCCAGGAAGACACCUUAAGCAAAGUGGCAGAGCAGAUCAAGGCUCAAGAGAGCUGUUGGCACAAACAAAAGAAGGAGCUGGAAUUCCAGUAUUCUGAACUUCUCCUGGAAGUGCAGAGGAGGGCACAGAAAUUUCAAGAAAUUGCAGAAAAAAACAUGGAAAAGUUGAACCGUAUUGAAAACUCACACGAACAAUUGGUUCUUGAAAAUUCACAUUUCAAAAGUGCAUUGGCCAAGACUCAGAGGGAACAGACGUGCUUGCUAGCGGCUUGUGCGCUGAUGGCCGGUGCAUUGUAUCCCCUUUAUAGCAGGUCUUGUGCCUUAUCCACACAGAGAGACUUUCUCCAGGAGCAAGUCAACGGCUUGGAAUUGUUCAAACUGGAAAUUAGAACUCUAGCCCAGGCACUGGCAGCAGUAGACGAAAAGAAACAAGAAGAAGCCAAACCAAAGAAAAAAGCAUUCAAAGGACUGAUUCGUGUGUUCCGGAAAGGUGCAAUUGCAAUUUUGGCAGCAAACAGACUCAAGAUUUUGGGCCAAUCCUGUGCCUCUUUUUUUACCUGGAUUGAAAGUUGUAAAGAAGGCAUAGGCAUGCUGGUGUGUACAGGAGAGCCCAAAGACAAGCACAAAUUUCCAAAGCAUCAAAGGGAGCAGUUACGUUGUGUACAAGCACUUACUUGGUUCACCAGUUCCGACCUUCUUGCUGCAAUCAUCAGUUCUAUGACUGAGCUGCAAGAAGUAAUUAGUAAAACAGAUCCAAAUUCCAGAAUUUGUGGACAUUUACUCAUAGGUGCAACCAAGAGUUCUUUUGCAAAACUAAUGGAUAAAAUUAGUUUGGCAAUGGAAAGCAUACCUCUGCAUAGCAGCCGGAGCAUAACAUAUGUAGAGAAAGACUCCCUCGUUCAGAGGCUGGCCCGUGGACUUCACAAAGUGAACACGCUGGCCCUGAAAUAUGGUUUGCGCAGCCAUAUGCCCAUUAUGAAAAGCACUGCAUCAUUACAAAAGCAAAUAUUUGGAUUUACACAAAGGCUGCAUGCUGCUGAAGUAGAGCGCCGCUCACUGCGCCUAGAGGUUACAGAGUACAAACGAACCCUGAAUGAAAUGAAAAAGGAGCUUGACAAAUCACAGAGUCUGCAAAUGCAAUUAAGUGAAUUCAAGCACUCAAAAUUGAUCACCCAUGAGAAGUUUGAAAGUGCCUGUGAAGAACUAAACAAUGCAUUACUUCGGGAACAGCAGGCACAAAUGCUGUUGAAUGAACAGGCCCAGCAGCUACAGGAGUUGAACUACAGACUUGAGGUACACUCCUGUGAAGAAGCUGACAAAAACCAGACUCUUGGAGAAGCUGUUAAGAGUCUCUCCGAGGCAAAGAUGGAGCUGAGAAGGAAAGAUCAAUCUCUUCGUCAGCUCAAUAGACAUCUUACCCAGCUGGAGCAGGACAAGCGUCGACUGGAGGAGAACAUCCACGAUGCCGAGAGUGCCCUCCGCAUGGCAGCCAAAGACAAAGAAUGUGUUGCUAAUCACAUGAGAACAGUAGAAAACAUGCUUCAUAAGGUCAGAGAUCAGAUCUCGCUGUCACGGACUGCAGCAAGUAGGAAUGACUUCACCCUGCAGCUACCCAAACUGCACCUGGAGACCUUUGCAAUGGAGGGGCUCAAGGGUGGGCCAGAGGUUGUAGCAUGCCAGGCCAUGAUUAAAAGUUUCAUGGAUGUCUACCAGCUUGCAAGUGCCAGAAUCUCCACGUUAGAGAAGGAAAUGACAUCACACCGAAAUCACAUUGAGACUCUGAAAUCUGAGCUCCACACAGCUUGUCUAAGAGAGAAUGAAAGUUUACAAUCAACAGGAUCCCGGGACCAUUCCAACCUCUCCAUCCCUUCAAGAGCUGCUCUCCCUGGGGACACAGUUGUGGACUUUCUUCCAAUACAAGCGGAACUUGAUACAACUUAUCGUUUUUUAAAGGAGACAUUCAUAACUACAGCACCCCAUUCUCUAAUGUCAUCUCAGUCCUCUCCAGUGGUACCUGCUAGUGUCAAAAGACCAUCUCAGAUUGGACUAUGACUUUAUGAAAUAAAAAGCAGAGGAAGAGUUAAUGGUAUAAUUAAAAUUGUUUUGAAGGGGAAUUUUCUUUUCAGUUGAGUUUUGUUUAAUACAAGUGAGGGUGGGCUUUAAAAAAUUGUGUGAUAUCUUGAUGUGUGCAGGGAUCUCUGUCUCCUUAAAUAAUGAAAUAACCUACUUUUUUCUCCCUAAGUUUUAUUUAUUAUCACAGUUGCUCAUUUUUAUGUAACAUAUUUUUAAAUGUUAAAGAAUGACACAUUUUGGGUAAUUUCCCUCGGACUUAAAAAAAUCAAUAAGCCAUUUUAGUCUCUAUCUAUCAAAGUUGUUUCAUACUUGUCUAUUUUAAAGCAAGACUGCAAUACUUUAAUAGGAUUGAGAGAGCUAUUUGAAAUGUAUGCCAAUGAUUCCUGUCAUUUCAUGGCAGCCCUGCCAUGGUUCACUGAGCCCCUCUUCUCUCUUGUCAGCUCGGCUGAAGACAAGCAUUUAGUUGCAAACUUUAAGCAGGUUGUGCAAAACAGAAAUGAUGUGAGGGCUUCUCCUCCCACACAAUAAUGUCACUCCUGGUCAAUGUGAGAAGGUCAGGUUGCUCCUUGUAAAGCUACAUGAUACCACUUGCCCAUUUGAACAAGUUAAGUUAACUGCUGAAUUUGGUCCCUGUAGGUACUGAAAACCUUGUCCUUUUAUCAAGUCUGUAUUUGAUAGGAAGGAAGAGCAGCUCUGCCGGGAGGGUUUCCAUGGACUGCUUAGGCACUUUAUAAGGACAGUUCCCACGCCAGUGUAGCAGGUGAUAUAUUUAAGUAUAAGCUGAAAAACUUCAAGGUAACGGCCGUUUUGACCUUCAGAAUAGACUCCUUUUUUUUUGUUUUUGUUGUUGGUAAGACCCAAGAGUGACGACCGUCUUUGAUGCUGACAGAAUUUAAAACAAGGCCAUUGCCCUGCAUUUUCUGCCUUGUAGCACACAAAAGUAAAAUUGUAUGUCAGGCCGAGAUGUCGGGGAGCUGACAAGAUGCCCCAGUGACAUUUCAGCUAGAAAGAGCAAGUGUCUUGCAACCAAGUGGUCAAAUAUCAAAUAAUAGGUCAAGCAGGAAGGAGCUGAGUUCUAACCACAAAGAGGUUUCUGGUAACUUACUUGACAAGCUUUUGGGCGCUUUGUGGCUUGACAAAGUGAUGUUCUGUUGGGUAUCGCUAGACAGACUGUUCUUUAUCGCCGUCAGAAGAUCAGGCAUUGACAUUGAUUAAACUCUUUAACCCUUAAAGGUUAACUCCUUGCAGUUUGCAUCAUGGUAAGUGAAGAACAAAAGAAUACUUGUAAUGUGCGUUUGUUUUUGUAUUCAUCAUUUAACUCCCCAGUGACAGUAACUUCUAAUGUGCACUGUAGUUUUUGGCAAAGAAUUCUGAUAUAAAAUCUGUAUUUGAUAUUAUCUUCCAUUAUAGAAUUUUUCAUUAUGGACACAUUAGAAAAUAACAGUUUGUAUUGUGAAACCUA